AUGUCAUGUGUGCAUGGAAAAGCGUGCCAUGAAUUUGUCCCAAGCUCUAUAACAUGUCGGAACAUCGGUACAUACGGAUAUAAUCCACAAUGGAAGUGUCAAGCAUCGUUACCAAGUCAUCUUGGAUUUGGGAGUCUUACUGUCAAUUGUGAGGGUUACGAUUAUCCUGGCGAUCCAUACGUACUCAAAGGAAGUUGUGGAUUGCAAUAUUCUUUGUUGCGUAUUGGCGGGUCAAAGAAAAGCGAUCGUUUUUACGAUGCGUAUGGCUAUUCUCAAUCUAAUCAAAUGUUUGGUUACAUGAUCUAUGUACUGUUCUUCUGUGUGGUCGCGUUUACCGCGUAUAACUUUAUAUUAUCAUUACGAAGAAGAGGUGGUCCUAAUACUCCUUUCGUUCCCAGAUCCGACAGUAAUAAUGCAAACAGCGAAAACCACCAACCAGCCGGAGGGGAGGGGCCUUCUCUAGCCAGCGGUGCGGAAUUUUCAAACUUGUUUCGAGGUAGAUCUGGAUUCUGGACUGGCGCUGGAGUUGGCGGUCUGUUUGGUUAUCUCUUAGGAAGGCAGGCGGGUGAAGCGCGCAGACGAUCAAGUUACAGAAGUAGAAGAUUUCAGGGACCAUCUUCUAGAACGUGGUCGUAUAAUUCUAAUGAUUUUCAUGAUUAUUCUUACGAUCAUUAUAAUUUUGCUGACACUUCUGAUUACGGUAGUUCUUUUGAUUCGUAUGAUUCGGGUACUUACACUGCGACUGGGUAUGCUGAUACCGAAAUUAGGUAG